AUGGCACUGGUGGGGCACGAAGAGCUAUCACGCCGCAUUGACACCUUCCUCAAUGGGGCACGCAUGGGAGAUGCCAGCCGCCACCUCGUGCUUCGGGGUGGCUCUGGUACGGGGCGCACCAGUCUAUUAGCAGCCGUCACACAGCGCUGGGCUCACCGCCUCGAUGUCGUGUCCUGGGUCACGAAAUUCGGGAUCUCCCGGAUGCCCUUUGCUGGACUGCGCCAGCUGCUGCUCUUUCGAAAUAACCAGCAAUCGUGCUCAUUACCAAUGUCGACCCCUUUGGGUGCCCCACCGUCUCUUGCGCGUCUGGUGAACGCCUGUAAUACGGCGCAAGAUGCAACAGCAUCUGGCAACGCGGUGAUGACAGAUGUGGGCGAUGCGGACGCUGCGCGUGCCCGGAAGCAUUCCGCUUCGCUUCUCAUCCCCCCUCGCGCAGCAUACUGCGAUUUUGCAGUCACGCUCUUGCGAAACACGGUUGUGCUCAUCGAUGACUUUGACCAAAUGGACCCUGAUAGCCGCGAUGUGCUUUUGCACUUGGCGGCAACACGGGCUGUGCUGGCGCUUGUGGUCACGGUCCUGCCCCAUGUGCCCGUGCUCCCGCCAGGCAUUCCAUCGCAGCUGCUGGCAACGACAGAGCUCAUCUUGCGUCCACUCACCACCGAGCAGCUUGGUCGACUGGCCUGUUGUCAGCUCAACCUGAAGGUCCUGCCGCCGACCAUGCAUGAACUGCUACACACACACGGGCGCGGAAAUCCUCUCUUUUGUGUAAGCAUUUUGAAGUUGUUGCAGCAGGCCAAGGCACAGCACCACUUUGAUCAGGCUGGCGGCGAUUGGCUAUCCUUACUUCACGUCGGCAAGCCUGGAGCAAGUGUUGCUCUGGCGGCUCACCAAGUGUUGCAGCAGGUUCACUUGGGCUGCCUGCCCGCGGCGGCCAUGCAUGUACUCAAGUGCUCGGCCGUGGUGGGCCCUGUGUUCACCGCUCAAGAUCUGAUAGACUUGGGCCAUGCUGGGACGAGUUCAGCUCACAAGCUCUUUGAACUUUUGCAUGUGCUCCAAGAUGCUGCGUUGAUUCAAGCCCUUCCAGGGCCCGCUUCGGCUGCUACGUUUGCUUUUUGCCACGCUUCGACCCGUAGCUUUGUGCUCAAGCAGUGGCCCAUCAUUCUGCGUCAGCGCUUGCAUGCACAAGUGGCAAGCCUGUGGGAAAGUCAGCUUAAGGCAGGUGUGGCGCGUGGGCUCUUGCGCCCUGAUGACCGGCUGGAAAGGCUCUACCGCAUCUCAGAUCAAUGGGAGAGUGCCGGACAGACUCAGUCCAUGUAUAUGACAUGGCUGUCGAUUGCCGAGGAGCAUUUUCAUGAUGGCGACCACUACAGUGGGAUCAAGACACUUGAGGCGCUCAUUGCACCUGAAUCAACUCUUGUGCAGCCUCUGCGCAGAUGCGUUGAGGUCCUGCUUCACAACCACGCUCAAGCUCAGUGA